AAACUGCUCUCUGUUUUCAGUCGACCGGUGGCCACGUACGGCUCCGUGCUUCAACGGUUAUCCCACGGACUGGUCGUUUACGGUAGACUACUUUUAUUCGUCGACUUUAACAACAUUUUAGCUAUUUUAACUACUUUUAAUCACUAUUCCUUGACAGAGGAGCGGAGGGUAAAGUUUUGAAUGAAGGUUCCCCGCUGGGACUGUAACGCGGGAGGAGGGGAGGGGGCAGUUCGCGGGGUCGUCCAGGCUAUCGGAUCUGGGAUCUGCUCACAUUUAAAACCAGACACACAGCGACUUGUUCGCGGCAGAGCUGAGCUGAACGGACGGGGAGGAGUACACGGAGUUUUUAACUUUUAAUUAUUUACGCCGAACGAUAAAAAGGACGGUGAAGUUUGGAAUAAGUUUCCCCCUGGGUCUGGACCCUCGUCUCCUGUCAAGCGACUGGACUGUAAGCUACUGGAAAUAUCUCUUUUUCACUUGUUAUUUCACUUAGGCUUUACGUUAGCCUUUAAAUAUAACUACGUGUUACUUUACUUCAUUGAAGCAGACACAGAAAGUUUUUUUCAAAAUGGAUAAAUACGAAGAUUUAGGACUCGAGGCGAGUAAGUUUAUCGAGGAUCUGAACAUGUAUGAAGCAUCCAGAGAUGGUUUGUUUCGAAUGAGGAGGGAUGCAGGAAACAACCCAGACUUUGAAGAGACACGAAAAGUUUUUGCCUCUAAAAUGACUAAAAUACACAUGCAGAAACAGCAAGAGGAGAUGGCAAAAAACACCCAGGCCAUUAAAAUGAAUGGGGGCCACAACAGCACAUAUUACACUAAAGACAGACCGCCCAUCAAUAGUUACAGACAGCCGUGUGAAGCGGCAGCGAAGCCCCCGAUACUCUCUGGCCCUGUGCCGGGCACCACGGCUGGGACUCAGUACGCGCAGUUUGACGUCCAGAAACACCACGCAGGCAUUCAGUCUGAACUUCCAGUCGGCAGGACAUAUGGAUACGGAAACAAUUUCGAUAAUAAGGAGCGAUCAGAGCCACAUUCAUACCAGCACAACACCCCUACUCCCCCCAGCCUAGGAAACGCGUCCUAUAGCGCGCCCACACAUGCUCGUCAACCGGUCAGCCAGCCGGCUGCCUGGGCCCCAUCCGGAGAGAGCCAGCUUUCCCUGACUGGGUCUGGGGGCAAAAGUACAUCUCAGCAGCAGCCUCAGCGCCAGGAUGCACUUCCCACCCCCAACAGUCUUCCACCCCAGCAGAAUAUGGCUGUCACACCGUCUGUAAACCUCAGUCCACCCUCAUCUGCUGGGCCAGCCAGGGGAUGUGCUGGAGAGCCCUCUGGCUCAGCCAAACCUGACCUCAUCCCUGUCCUGCCUCUGAGUGCCUUCACAGCAGGAGCUGACUUCCACAUACAGCAGCCCUCCACACAUUCUGCAGCCCAUUACACACCAUCUUCUCCAACCUCGAGACCGUCUAUCAGCCAUAAUGGUCCUGUGGAAGCUUCCUCGCUGCUACCUGCACCUUUUGAAACACCUCUACCCAAAGCCCAGGUGGCAACUGCUGCCUUGAUCCCUGGCAAUGUCUCCAAAAUCAGCAGCCAGGGUCAAGGUCAGAGUCAAAUACCUGUCUGUGGACAUGCCAUCAGUGCUGAAGUCCCAUGCUCCGCCAAGCCUGUCCAACUACCCUGCCAGGCUCUCCUCGCACAGCCCCCUGAACAGGGGCCUUCAACAGCUGAAAUAAAAUUAGAAGCCCUCACCAAUCGGCUGGAAAAAGAGAUGGAUGCCCAACCAAAGGCUGACUACUUUGGAGUCUGUGUUAAGUGCAACAAGGCAGUUUAUGGAGCCAGCCAGGCCUGCCAAGCUAUGGGUAGCCUCUACCAUGACAACUGCUUCACCUGCAGCGCCUGUAGUCGGAGGCUAAGAGGGAAGGCGUUCUACUAUGUCGGAGGGAGGGUUUUCUGUGAAGAGGACUUUCUGUACUCUGGAUUCCAGCAGUCUGCAGACAAGUGCAACGCAUGUGGACAUCUGAUCAUGGACAUGAUCCUGCAGGCCCUCGGGAAAUCGUACCACCCCGGCUGUUUCCGCUGUGUCAUCUGUAAUGAGAGCCUUGACGGAGUGCCCUUCACUGUGGACACUGAAAAUAAGAUCUACUGCCUUAAAGACUACCACAGGGUCCUGGCGCCUAAAUGUGCAGCUUGUAACCAGCCCAUCCUGCCCUCAGAGGGCUCUGAUGAAACCAUUCGAGUUGUAUCCAUGGACAAAGACUAUCAUGUGGAAUGCUACCACUGUGAGGACUGUAAGAUGGAGCUGAACGACGAGGAGGGUCACCGCUGCUACCCUCUGAACGGACACCUUCUCUGCCACUCUUGCCACCUGAAGCACAUGGAGCCCGGCUGCUCCUCUCCCAUCGCUGCUGCCGCCUCCUUCUAACACAGCAGUAGGUGGAGGGAGACACCUGGUGGAUUUGUGGAGGAACCGCCAAAGCGUGACUGACAGCAGGAGUGGAUACGUGCAAUUCUUGUUGUAGAGGAUUGAUUAAUGCAAUGCAUCAGAUCGUACUACGGUUUGAUGUGUAUUUUCACAGGAAUGUUAAUGAAGUUUACGCCUAAAGAGGUUGUCACCCAAUAAUGAAGUAUUGUAAUACACCAAAGCCCUAAUUUGAAUACAGAUAAGCAUUGUGAUAUACCCGCUGCAUAAGUACUUCGCCAUAUGAUUUUGUAAAUGUAAAUAUCUCAUAUUCAACUUCACGUUUACACUUCCAAAUCAAUCCAUACAUAAUCUGUCUAAUAGUUCUGCUGCCUCAUCAGCUAAACUAUUGGAAAAUAAUGGUUCAAUCAUAUCAUACAUAUUCUACAUGCAAUAAUAAUAGUUGAUGUGUAUUAACAUAUGAAAAAUACACAAAAAAUAACAAAUUGGGGUUGAGCAUUAUUUAAAAGAAUCAUAGCAAUCAUUCCUUCAUUUUCCAAUUUUUAACCAGUUACAGAAAAGUUUUCAUUGUGGCUCAUUUCCAUAUGCAAAUACCUGUAUGCAAUACAUGAUAUCAAAUAACUUUUAUAGAAGGACCAUUCCAUAGAAAUGUUAAACCAUGCCAUUAUCCCCCAGGAUGAUGUGCUUAGGGGCUACCAUUUCAGUCAUUUUAAUUACUUGUUUUUUGUUUAAUCUGAGCAGGAAAACUUCAGAGAGCCAGGUUAUAAUGUUCUGUAGUAAAUAAACACACUAUUUGUCAAACGCAGUCUGUUCUUAGCACUUAGAGUUGGGAGUUUUCUAUGCACCUAUGAAGAGGUUGGUAUUAGGCCUGUAGAUCUUUGUAUUUUGUUACGAUUGCAUCAUUGUAUAUUUAAUAAGAUAUAUAUUGUAGGCUUGUAUUAAUUUACUUUUGUUUCAUUUUGACUUUUGUGCAAACCUCUUAAAUACUCAUUUGAUCUGCAGUGGGAAGUAGUUUUGAUACCUACCUUUGCCAUCCAAAUGUUAUUCAUGUCUUGAGUUUACUAAUUUAAUAUGUGGUUGUCAAUUGAGGUCUUUAUUUCAUAGCCAUCUGAAGAUUAAGAUGAGCGAACAUUUACAUAUGUGCUGUGUGAGUGUUGUAAAGAAAAUAUUUAAUAAAUGCAUUGCAAUAGGC